UGGAAUUAAUGAUGGUAAAAGGCGUUGCCAAACAUCCAAACGAGGCGCAAUUAUGAAGUUUUGUCUCCUGAAUGUAUUGGUGAAAAUAAUUCUCCUGAGGAAAGGGCAAGCCAUCUUGGUGAGAAAGCUCACUCAUGAACCUGGGGAGGAGGCCUCCUUUCCCUGUGAAGCUGUGGGCUAUCAAACGCUUUUGUUCUGGCUCCCUCUGAAUCCCAAAUGUGCGAACACCAGCACAGAAAGAGUGGAAAUAAACUGGAAUCCCAGCAGGAACGAAGUGAUUCCUCAUCGGUUCAACCAACGCCUGAUCUACCAGCCUCCACAAUUACUAAUCCUUAAGAACCUCAUUAUGAGUGAUUCAGGGAUUUACAUCUGUCGCUUAUCCAAUGGUUCGGAAACUCACACCAUCCUGCAGGUAACCACAGGCUGCUUCAACAAUAUCUUGGUCUCCUCCCACUGGCUCAGUAGCUCCCAUUUGCAGCUCACAUGCCAGCAUUGCAAUAACCGGAAUAUUGAGAGUUUUCGAUGGCUUCUGAACUCCAGGCGGCUGGGCAACCCCCUUUGGGCUGAGAAGAGUGAUAUGGGCUCUUCGGUAUUAUUACACCCCAUCCUGGAUAAGAUAUGGGGACGUUGGGAGUGCCAGUCUAUUUUCAAUCCUGAUUGGAGUUCUGAAAUUUGUUUGAGUUCACCCACUGGAGAGAUGGAUGAAACUCCUGAAUAUAUUGAUUCUAUUCAGUCCACCCGGUCAACAUUAUCGGAUUGGUCAAGUCCCACUUUCAUUCAGAUGACCGAAGUUACACAGGCACGCCAUGCUGUGGAUAGAAUUGCUACCUGGAUUUGGAUGCUGCUGUUAGCUGGUCUGGCUCUGAUCGCAGCUGCCCUGAGUGUGACCUUGUAUUUUUGGAAAAAAGAUUUUUCAGACAGGGCUACUGGUGAAAGAAUGGAGCCUACAGAUUUUGCUUCCGCGAGGAAUCCCAUUAGAAAGGAGAAAAUAGGCAAGCAAGAGAGUUUCCAUGAGAGAUCUGCUUCCCUUUAUUAUGCUCAGCUGCAACAUCUCCAAGGAAAAUCUCCCCCUGUUCAGACUCCAGAUAAUGCCACAGUAUAUGCUGUGAUUGUUUGAUUGUUUCAUCCCUUCCAAAUGCACUUGAAGAUGGCGUCUUUUACCUGACUGUGUUGUUACCUGUUAAGCUUCACCUGGACUCUGCUUCUAACAGCAUGGUAUGGAGCCCAUCAGGCACAGGACCCAGCAAGUCUUCCCAGCGCCAAGUAUUGAACGAGAGUUUUCCUUGACGACAUGUUUCCUUUCAGAAGGGUGGGAUAAGUCAUAGUUGAGCCAUGGUGGCGCAGUGGUUAGAGUGCAGUACUGCAGGCUA